AGUUAAAACUGUUUGCCCAACUCAAGACACGGAUUGUGGGGAUAAGUGAAUCUUAAGUCGUUGUUGUUGUUGUUGUUUCUGGAUACAUAGCUAAAGAACAUUGUGACUCUCGCAGGCGUCAUUUGCGAGUUUGUGCGAACGAUCGGCAAGAAAGUUGUAACAUAUCCUUGUGAUAUGUUAAUGUUGAAGAUACUCUUUGUGGCAACUUUAUUGACUUUAGGUCAAUGUGGAGUUGUCGGACCAUAUGCCCAUUAUGGACCUGGCCCAGGACCUUUGCAUUAUGGACCAUACGCAGCGUAUCCAGCCCCAGUAGCACAUGUAGCUCCAGCCCCCAAGCCGGCAGCUCCUGAGCCUUAUGAUCCUGCACCAAAGUAUAGCUUUGGCUAUGACAUUCAGGAUGGCUAUACAGGCGAUCUGAAGAGUCAGCAUGAAACUCGUCAUGGUGAUGUGGUGAAAGGCAGCUACUCUGUUGUUGAUCCCGAUGGCACUAAACGUACUGUCGACUAUACUGCUGAUCCACACAAUGGCUUCAAUGCUGUGGUGCGCAAGGAGCCUUUGGCAUAUAAGGCUCAUGCACCAGUUGCUGUAGCACCAGCGCCCGCUCCAGCGCCUCCAUUACCUGCAGUACCGAAAGCACCUGCACCAGCUCCCUAUCCAGUGGCUUACCCCGCGGCCUACCAUGUGGCUCCAGCACCAGCACCUGCGCCUGGUCCACUGCCAGGACCUUUGCCAGGACCACAUUUUCAUGCUGCCUACCCUGCCUUGGCACCUGGGCCCUAUGCUCACGCUGAUCCUCAUGCUCAUUAUGGUCCCUAUUAUCACAAAUAAGAAAACGAAACAUGGCUUGGCUUCAUCUCUGUUGUUCUACGAAAAAUAUCCAUAGUUUGACAAGAGUUUUAAACAGCAUACGGCGACUUUAUACGACAAUCUUUUCUCCCCAAACUGUUUUCUUUUUUUACGAAUCUUCUUCUGCGUAGUAGCUUUUCUCUUCUAUUUGUGUAUUUAUUUAACUGUAUUUUCUUGUUUUUCUCCUUGUUACAUAGAGUUGAGGAACUACUGCUAUCGGUUCUUUCUCAUUUCACUUCUGUGCUGUACUUUCACUAUAACCUUCAGAAUACCAUUUACAAGAUAUGGCUCAUUCAGUCCAGUGUAGGUUUU